GUUCAUUGCCAACUUCUCUAUUACAUUCACCAUAGUAUCAGUUCUUACGGGCAUAUCCACAUUAUACAACCAGGCCUUAACUUUUGGUGGGCCUAUAACUCUUGUUUACGGUUGGCCCAUAGUUGGGUUAAUGACAAUUAUUGUGGGCCUGGCCUUGGCUGAAAUAUGUUCAGCUUAUCCAACUUCAGCUGGGCUUUACUAUUGGAGUGCUAAAUUGUCUGGAAACUACUUCGGCCCAUUUGCUUCUUGGAUUACUGGCUGGAAUUAUGUAUGAGUUGAUACUUUGAUGUGGGAUUACACUGAUUUGUUGUUAUUAAUAAUGCUUGCCAGAGAUGAAUUAUAAUCGAGAAAACACGUUUACUAAGGAUUCAUAUAGCCAAUCUCAACUUGUUUGAGACUGAGAUAUAAUUAUUGUUGUUAUUGUCGUGGCCGUAGUAGUAUUUUUAGAAUGCUUAGUAUGUUAUUAAAAGUUGAUAGUUCGUGUAGGACUUAUGUAUGAGUUUAUACUUUGAUGCAUAAAAGUGUAAUUCAUUCAACCAUGCAAACUUGAGUUGGAAAAGUCAGAUAUGACAUGUUCAUCUUAAUUAACACAAAAUUUUGAUAGUCAAGAUUAGUUGAUUUAAUCUGGUUUAACCUCUCAAAUUUGACCCAAAAUUACCUAUUUAACACUCGUUGAAUGUGGUGUAGUCUGGCUUGUAUCACUUGUAGUUGUAAUUUAGGGUUGUACAAACCGAAACGGAAAAUCGCACCAAAUCGAAAAA